ACGGGGGUCACCAACUUACCGAGGGUGAGAGAGAAGAACAAAGGGAAAGAGCAAGGAAGUCCAGUUACCAACAGGACAAAUUGUAACACCUUUAUUACCAUCAGAGGCCAUGUCCGAUUCCGAAAAACAACCGGAGGAAGUAGAAGAACCUAAGAAAAAUGUCAUCGCGACGAAAGUUACCGGCACAGUGAAAUGGUUCAACGUCAAAAGCGGAUAUGGCUUCAUUAACAGAGAUGACACCAAAGAAGACGUCUUUGUCCAUCAGACUGCCAUUACAAAGAACAACCCUCGAAAAUACCUCCGAAGUGUCGGUGACGGAGAGAAAGUCGAGUUUGAUGUCGUGGAAGGAGAAAAGGGCAAUGAGGCAUCAAACGUGACCGGACCCGAGGGCAAUCCCGUCCAGGGCAGCAAGUACGCCGCUGACCGCCGUCGCUACCGUGGCUACUACCGAGGAGGACCUGGCCGCCGACCCUUCUCCGGCUCCCGCAACGGUGACGCUGGCGAGGUAGAGGAGGUUGAAGAAGGAGAAGAGAGGCAGAGGCGUCCUCCUGGACCUCCCCGACGCAGGCCAUACCGUGGAGGAUACUAUGGUGGUGGCGGUGGCGGCUAUCGUGGUUACUUCCGUGGUGGCAACUUCCGCAGGGGCCCACUCAGGGGACCCCCAAGGUACCAAAAUCAUGGAGGGGAGAUGGUUGAGGAGGAUGGGCAGUACAUGGAUGACCAAUUCCGUCGUCGUCGCCGACCUUUUGGCUACCGAUUUUACCAACCACGUAACCCAAGGUACUAUGGCCAGGGUGGCGGCGAAGAAGACGGAUCAUUCAGGGGUCGUCCUUUCAGAGGAAGAGGACGUGGAGGUCGGGGACGUGGUGGUCGGGGGCGUGGAAACCCGAGGAAGAGGACAAACAAAGAUAACCAAGAAACCAACAGCCAGGAGGGAGGAGAUUCUAAUGAUGCCGGUGCCGAAUCCUCGGGCGCAGGAGACGACCGAAAAGACGGAGGAGAGCAGGCCGAGUAAGCAUCUCUCGCGGGCAACCAUCUUGCAUCACCAUCCAAGAGCAUAUUAUGAUAAACCUUUGUUAUGUAGUCCAGCAGUCUAGACUCCUGCAUCUGUGUAUUGCUUUAAACACAUGGCCUUUUUCCUUUAUAAAUGUAUUUAAAAACUACAAUCUUGACAUGGCCGACUUGCUGUAACCAACGAAGGAACAGAUGGCAGCAGGUCUAAAAUGUUCUCUUUUGUGUGUAGGAAAGAAACACCAACUCACUCGACUAUGCAAAAAACUAACCCGCCAUGAAUGAAUACAGUAGCUUUUCCUCCGAAGACAAACAGAAGAGAAAGGUUGAAAAUUUGUCUCUGAUGGCACACAUAAGAGAAAAGUUGAUGACUUGGACUCUGACGAUGAACUGAAGAGAAAAGUUGUUUGUGUGAUUUUUACACAAUAAACAAAACUAAAGAAAAAAAUUAUUUUAUACAAGGAACAAAAGAAGUUUUUUAUACUAAUAUUUAUCAAAAAAACGGAAUGAAACGUAUUUCAAUUCCAAAUAUAUGUGAAGAAACUAUUUUACAAAAUAUGGCAAAUAUUUGGAAUACAUUAAAGUUGACUGACUUGGUGUUUAAUAUGAUACCAAUGUAAUUUGAUAGUGCUUAAUUGAACUUUCUCACAGGGGUCUACAUCCGGUUUCUGUGUAGAUCCAAAAAUAACCCAGGCGGCGAAUGAAAUUUACGUCUGAAAGACAAAAAAUUGUGCAUGAAAUAAACAUCUGCAUUGACCAAAAAAA